AUGUUGCCAAAGGAAAAGAGCAAGUAUAAGAAGAACGGGAACGAUCUGGCGUUCUUGUUCUUCCGUCAUUCCCGAGUGAUUGGGGCAGUUAUGGUUGUCUUGUUCACUUUGUUCAUGGUUUUUGAGAAAAAAGACGAUUUCACAAGUGCUUCUUAUGUCUUACCUUCUUUCGAGGGCAAGUCGUACAUGGACAGAGGAGAUUAUAUCUAUUCAUCAAGAGUUGGGUCCACUUCUGGAAAGACUUCCAGAGUCAAAGCCGCAAUGGUUGUCCUGGUUAGAGACAAAGAUCUGUACAGUUUGGUCGAUGCCAUUAAGCAAGUCGAAGACCGCUUUAAUAAGAACUUCAAUUAUGAUUGGGUCUUCCUGAGCGAAGCUCUGUUCUCUGAUGAUUUUAAGGAAGUCACUACUGCUUUGGUCAGUGGUAAAACCAAAUACGGUUUGAUUCCGGAGUCGCAAUGGUCAUACCCAGAAUGGAUCGAUCAAAAAAGAGCAGCCGCAGUCAGAGAAGAAAUGAGAAAAGCUGAGAUUAUUUUCGGUGAUAUGGAAUCAUAUAGACACAUGUGUAGAUACGAAAGUGGUUUCUUCUACAGACAUCCUGAAUUGGAAGAAUACGAUUAUUACUGGCGUAUCGAACCGGAUAUCAAGUUGCAUUGUGAUAUCAACUACGAUAUCUUCAGAUUCAUGAAAGAUAACGGUAAGAAAUAUGGUUUCACAAUCUCCAUCCAUGAGUACGUGUCUACUAUCAUGACUCUAUGGAACACCACAAAGGAGUUCAUGGCGGAACACCCGGAGCAUAUCCACGAAAAUAACAUGCUGGACUUCAUUAGUGAUGACGGUGGUGAAUCUUACAACAACUGUCAUUUCUGGUCGAAUUUCGAAAUCGGUGAUUUGAAUUUCUGGAGAGGCGAGGCUUACUCUGCUUACUUCGAUCAUCUGGAUAAAGCAGGUGGAUUUUUUUACGAGAGAUGGGGUGAUGCUCCAGUCCAUUCCAUCGCUGCUGCGUUACUAUUAGACCGUAAUGAAAUCCAUCAUUUCAAUGAUUUAGGUUACUUCCACAACCCAUUCCACCAAUGUCCAAUCGACGACGUCGUCAGGUUCGAAAAUAGAUGCGGUUGUGACCCAGCAUUAGAUUUCACAUGGAAGGACUUCUCAUGUGGUGUCCAAUUCUAUACUGUGAAUGAAUUGAAAAAACCAGACGGUUGGGUAGGUCAUGUCGGUUAG